AUGCUCAGCCGGUACUCUUCCUACAUACGGCUGAUACGAGUAACUGCCUGGAUUCUUCGCUUCGGCACCAACUGCCAACGAAACCGAACAGACAGGAGAAUCGGGCCACUGCAGCCAACUGAAUUGCACACAGCGCGAGAUAUACUUGUUCGCCAUGUCCAGCAUCAAUACUAUCCAGGCGAAAUUGCAGCAUUAACAGCUGGAAAAGCACUUCCAAAUAGCAGCAAACUAUGGCCGCUAACUCCAUUCCUAGAUGGCAACCUUCUCAGGGUGGGCGGCAGGCUGGCACGGUCAAACAUCAAUUACGACUGUAAGCAUCCAAUACUUUUGCCAGCAAAAAGUACUUUGACCGAACUGAUCCUGCGGCACGAACAUCUCAGCAAUCACCAUCUUGGACCGGAAGCACUGUUAGCAAGCAUUCGAAGGUGCUUUUGGAUUCCACAAGGACGAAGAGCAGCACGGAAUGUUGUAUGGAAAUGCAUUCCUUGUUUCAAGGCUAAUCCUAAUCGGGGAAUGCUGGAACAAAUAAUGGGUCAGCUCCCACCACAACGUCUGGAAGCUGCCCCGCCAUUCUACAUAUGCGGAUUGGACUACGGUGGACCCAUCACCCUGAUUCAGAGACGUGGACCUGGCUCACCCACAACCAAAGGCUACAUCUGCGUUUUUGUAUGCUUUACGACGCGAGCAGUCCACUUAGAAGCUGUAAGCAGCUUAUCUACAAGAGCUUUCUUGGCUGCGCUUCGGCGAUUCAUCGCUCGCAGAGGUCACUGUGGACACAUCCACAGUGACAACGGAACAAACUUUGUGGGUGCUGCGAGAGAAAUUCGAGAAUGGUACAAAAGGAGAGCUUCGGACGAACACAACACUCAGGUCGCCAACUAUCUAUCGAUGGGUGGUACGCAAUGGCAUUUCAACGCGCCAGCAUCGCCACACAUGGGUGGUCUUUGGGAGGCAGCGAUAAAAUCAGCGAAACGACACCUAAAAAUCAUUACCUGCAACGCAAAACUAACGUUCGAAGAAUUCAGCACAUUGUUAGCGGACAUCGAAGCCAUUUUAAACUCACGUCCCAUAUCACUAGCAUCGAGCGAUCCAAAUGACCUGCAACCAUUGACGCCCGCACACUUCAUCAUUGGACGACCACUCACAGCACCCAAUCAUAGCGAGUACAUCCCAACAGCCGAUAAAAGCUACGAAGUACGCUACAAAUAUUUGCAUGAGCUACGGAAACACUUUUGGGAUCGCUGGAGUCGCGAAUACCUUCCCGAAUUGCAACGCAAAAAUAAGUGGCAUCAACCAAGUAACAAUCUGCAAAUAGGUGAUUUGGUUCUCGUUCGACGGCAGAAACUACCCACACAGCAGUGGGCACUCGGAAGAGUUCUGCAGCUGAAACCCGCACCAGAUGGAAAGCCGCGACUGGUUACGCUAAAGAUGAGAGACAGCGAAAUCGUUCAAUCAGUUCACAAUCUCAGUAAGCUACCACUUCAACAGGAAAAUUGA